AUGGACGAGUGGGAUGAAAAGGAAACGACUGGAGCUUGUGAUGCACCCCCCAGCCAGGCAUCAAGUGAAGCCCCAAAAGGAGACUCCUGGAAUGGGGACAAAGGAGGAUUUGGACAAGGCCGCGGUGGAAGAGGAAGACGAGGAGGAUUCUCAGGAUCCUUUUCCUCAGGUGGGGAUGAGAAUGGAAGUGAUGGCAACAGCUGGAACAGCACAGGAGACACGAGGGGUGGUUUCAGAGGGAGAGGACGUGGCCGAGGGUUUGGCAGAGGGGACCGAGGUGAAGGGACAGGAGACGAUGACAGAACGGGUGAAAGUGGCAAGUUAGGAUUUAGAGGAGGAAGAGGAGGCGGCUUCAGACAAGGUGACCAGGGUGGCAGAGGAGGACUUGGAGGAGGCUACCGUGGAAAAGAUGAAGCAAUCUUUUCUCAAGGUGAACGUGGAGAUUCAGAACAGACGGAUCCAACUGAGGAGGAAAGACCUAGGGUCACUUACAUUCCACCAACUCUCUCUGAGGCGGAAGAGGCUGUUUUUGCCCACUAUGAAAAAGGCAUCAACUUUGACAAGUAUGAUGACAUUACGGUGGAAAUCAGUGGGACCAACCCACCGCAGGCAAUCAUGACUUUUGAAGAGGCACACUUGUGCGAAUCCCUGGCAAGAAACGUCAAGAAAUCUGGUUACCUGAAGCCGACCCCUGUGCAGAAGCACGGCAUACCAAUCAUCUCUUCUGGCAGAGAUCUCAUGGCCUGUGCCCAGACUGGAUCUGGUAAAACGGCUGCGUUUCUCCUCCCCAUCCUGCAGCAGCUGAUGGCCGACGGUGUGGCAGCCAGUCGCUUCAGUGAGGUGCAGGAGCCUGAAGCCAUCAUUGUGGCCCCGACCAGGGAGCUCAUCUGCCAGAUAUACCUGGAGGCCAGGAAGUUUGCCUUUGGGACAUGUGUGCGUCCAGUGGUUGUUUAUGGUGGAGUCAGUACUGGACACCAAAUAAGAGACAUCUUAAACGGAUGCAAUAUAGUGUGUGGAACACCAGGAAGACUGUUGGACAUGAUUGGACGAGGGAAGGUAGGGUUGGAGAAGCUGCGGUACUUGGUUAUGGAUGAGGCUGACCGCAUGUUGGACAUGGGCUUUGAGCCGGACAUGCGCCGUCUGGUGGGCUCGCCUGGAAUGCCAACCAAAGAGAACCGUCACACUCUGAUGUUCAGUGCCACGUUCCCUGAGGACAUCCAGAGGAUGGCAGCUGAUUUCCUCAGGCCAGACUACCUGUUCUUAGCUGUGGGUGUGGUGGGCGGAGCCUGCACUGAUGUAGAGCAGACCUUUAUUGAGGUUACCAAGUUCGCCAAGAGGGAUCAGCUCUUUGACCUCCUGAAGGCCACAGGAACGGAGCGCACCCUGGUGUUUGUGGAGACAAAGAGACAAGCAGAUUUUAUUGCUGCUUACUUGUGCCAGGAGCAAAUUCCAACCACCAGCAUACACGGUGACCGUGAGCAGCGCGAGCGAGAGAUGGCCCUGAGUGACUUCCGCUCUGGCACCUGUCCAGUCCUCGUCGCGACCUCCGUAGCUGCACGCGGUCUGGAUAUUCCAGAUGUGCAGCAUGUGGUGAACUAUGACCUUCCCAGCAACGUUGACGAGUAUGUUCACCGUAUUGGGAGAACUGGCCGCUGUGGUAACACUGGGAAGGCUGUGGCCUUCUUCGACCCAGGUGUAGAUGGACAGUUGGCUCGCUCAUUGGUUACAAUCCUGUCCAAGGCCCAGCAAGUCGUGCCCCCGUGGUUGGAGGAGCAUGCGUUCAAUGCUCCCGGUAGCAAUGAUUUCAGCUCUCAGAAGAGGAACUUUGCCACUACAGACUCCAGAAAGGUAUCAGGCCCGACUUUUCAGUUUCAUAAUCUUUGA